ACCACCACACCCCUCGACCCCUGCAGACACUGGACGUCCUCUAUUCCCCCCUGUCAGGCAUUUAUCAUUCCAAAGUCAAGUAACAACUUGUCCUGACAGCUAUUCUAACACUGUGAAAACAAACCACAAACCAAACCACAUGCCCCCAUCCUCAGUGCCAGUUCUGCCCUCUGCUGAUGGAGCACAGAAACUUCAGUCGACUGAGCCACAUGCUGGAUCUGCAUUUCAGCUAAAUGCAACUUUGAAGAACCCGGCAAGUAAAAAUGGAAGUACUCAGCCUCGAACAAGACCCCUAACUGGCUACCCUCUGGCACCUCGGCACCUCAUUCUGCAGACACAAUACCGGAGGUCUAGUUCCAGUAGCAGCCUGGAUUAUAGUGGAUGCUACAGCUGCUUCCAUGUGGUGAAGCCCUACCAAGCGGGACACUACAUCAUACACCCAGAAUUUGUGUCUGAGUGCCUUCGUUAGGACCAUUAUCUGAGCUCUGGCUUCCAAAGUGGGGACAGGGGACCUGCAGAGGUCCUUCAAUGGGCUCAGGGGGUUCCCUAUCAAAAUGAGGGAUUGUUAACUUCACUAUUGUUUAAUUCUCUGCUAAUUAACCCAGUGAGAAAAGGUGUAAGGAUGAAUAAUUGGCUGCACUCUCCAUGCCAUUAUCUUACUACAUACAGCGUGGACAGUUUUACAAUCCAGUACUAUAUCAGCAGCAAAGAUCUUGCCAGAGGGGGCUUGUGGGGAUAACAUCCGAGAAGGCUCUGUGGCCCUAAUGUGUAUCUGUCUAUGACAUUAAAAUUUUAUCUUCAUAUUAUAGAGAUAAUACUCUACAUUUGAAAUAAGAAUGUCCAAUUGCAUCAUAUGUCUUAAGAAUAGUACAGAAAACAAUAUGAAACCUUACUCAGGGGUAAUAAAGACUUAUUACUGUUAUUAUUGUUGCACCACUGUACCACAUGUGGGUACUUCCCGGGAUAUCAUGCAAUGGACUAAAUAUAGGCCUACCAGCAGUUCUUAUAAUGUCAUCAUACUUAGCAGCAAAAUUUAGAACCAGAGUCCUGGUAGAAUUAAACAUGUUUCAUCUU